AUGGCAUCUAAGAGAGGUGCAAGCAUACUAAUUCUAAGGACCAUCACCUUCAUCUUCCUAAUAAUCUCCAUUGUUAUCCUUACCACUGAUAGCAUUGACUUAGGAGACACUAAAGGCACCUUCAAAGAUGUUCAUGCUUACAGGUAUGUUCUUUCUGUGGCUGUGAUUGGAUGUGCAUAUACUCUUCUUCAGUUACCAUUUGCUACUUAUUAUGCUUUUGAGGAAAAGCAUAUGAUCCGUGAUGAUCUUCUUUUGGGAUUCUUUCAUUUUGCUGAUUUGGUUGCAGCAUUAUUAUUUGCAACAGGAGUUGGAGCAGGAUUUGGACUCACAGUUGAAGCAAAGAUUUAUUUAGGAAAGGAUUUUAAAGAACUUGAUGAUUUCUUGGACAAGAUAUUGAUCUCCACUGGUUUUCUUCUUGGAGCUACAAUUACCUUGGCCAUUAUUGUUCUUCUUAAAAAAAGAGAAAGAUUAUUAAGAUUAAUAUUAGUAGUUAACAAAAUGGCUUCAAAGAAGACAUGGGGAAUCACAGUGCUUCUCUUAUGGCUUCUCACUUUUGCUUCUCUUGUGGCUUCAAUCAUCAUCAUAGCAACAGAUAAUGUUGAUUUUGGAGGAGGAGCUAAACUUCAUUUCAAAGACAUUUAUGCUUAUAGAUAUAUUCUUUCGGUAGCUGUGAUUGGAGCAACAUAUGCUCUCAUUCAAAUCUUAUUUGCUUCCUAUUAUGUUCAAAAUGGAAACCAUCUCGUGCGUGAUGAUCAAGCGGUUUUGUUACUUCAUUUCGCUGAUUUGGUGAUUGCUUUGUUGCUUGCAACUGGAGUUGGAGUGGGAUAUGGUUUCACAGUGGAACAAAAGAGAUUCUCUGGAGAUGGCAACAAUGAGAUUGAUAAGUUCUUGGACAAGGCUUUGAUUUCCACCAGUUUUAUUCUCUUGGCUACACUUUGUUUGGGAGCAUUAAUCCUCAUCAAAAAAUAG